AUGAUAUUACCCGAAGAAGCGGGAUUCCCGCUAGGUGGCGCUGAUUUUUCACGAUAUGUUCUGUUGGAAAUUCAUUAUAACAAUCCAGAUAAAAUAGCAGGUAUGAUAGACGCUUCAGGUAUUCGUUUCUAUGUGACGUCAUCGUUACGUCAUAAUGACGCUGGAAUUAUGGAGCUAGGUUUAGAAUAUACAAAUAAGAUGGCUAUUCCCCCAAGGCAAGACAACUUCUCUUUGACCGGCUAUUGUAUCGCGGAAUGUACGAAAAAGGGGUUGCCACCAGAGGGCAUUUUCAUCUAUGCAUCUCAGCUGCACACCCAUUUGACAGGACGCCGCGUUUACACAAAGCACGUGCGUAAUGGCGUCGAACUUCCGGAAUUAAAUCGAGACAACCAUUAUAGUCCACACUUUCAGGAAAUUCGGAGACUUCCGACUCCUGUGAAAGUUUUGCCAGGUGAUGCUCUUGUUACAACAUGUGAAGACAGAACAACGGACAGAGAAAAUGCUACCAUAGGCGGUUUCGCUAUUACAGAUGAAAUGUGCGUGAAUUAUGUGCACUAUUACCCAUCUACCAACCUUGAAGUGUGCAAAAGCUCUGUUUCUUCACGAGCUUUGAAGGAGUUCUUUUCCUUUAUGAACAAUUGGGAUUUAGACAAAACCUCUCCUACACAGGGAGAUAGAGCUAAUUAUCAGUCCAUUAGAUGGACACCACUAACAACACUCUUGCUAAAGACAAUGUAUAUGACGUCACCAAUAUCAAUGCAGUGCAAUCAGUCUGAUGGAAAUAGAUUUCCG